AAGUUUCGACGCUUUCAUCUUAGAAUCUAAGUUAGAAAAGCAAGUUUGAAUUCAUUCUCAUCAUCGGUUUUCCAUCUAGUCUUUCUCGACAAUAAGAGUUGAAGAUGACGAACGACAAGGUCACACCAUCCACCACAACAGAAGAGGAAUAUCAGCCCUUUCCUGAUCCCCUCCUUGGAACUGGACAAGAUGUCACCCCUAAUGGCGAUGGAGGAGUCCUAAAGGCUAUUAGGAAAGAGGGUGAUACCAUUGAGGAAGAUCGCCCAUUAAAGGGGGAUAAAGUUUUUGUUCAUUAUAUCGGUAGUCUCACAGACGGGACCUUGUUUGACUCGAGUCGGUCGAGGAAUGAGAAGUUUUCUUUCACCUUAGGGAAAGGCGAAGUAAUUAAAGCAUGGGAUAUGGGUGUUGCUACAAUGAGAAGAGGAGAGAUAGCUGUAUUCACAUGCAAACCAGAAUAUGCCUACGGCAAAACAAGUAAAGGGAAAAUUCCAGCGAAUUCUACCUUGGUAUUUGAAGUUGAGCUGUUUGACUGGAAAGGGGAGGAUCUAUCUGAGAAUAACGAUGAAGGGAUCGUUCGGCGUAUUGUGACAGAAGGAGAAGGAUAUGAUACUCCCAAUGAUGAGGCAGAGGUUGAAGCACACAUCAUUGGAUCGUACGAUGGCAGGGAAUUUGAGAACAGAGAGGUGAAAUACACAAUCACAGAGGGUAAUGAUGCAGGAAUCGUGGAAGGUCUGGAAAUCGCCAUCAAGAGAAUGAAGAAAGGAGAGAAGGCAAGGUUAAAGGUCAAAUCUAAGUAUGCGUACGGGUCAAAGGGCAAUGCAGAAUACAACAUUCCAGGAAAUGCUGAUGUAGCGUAUGAAGUCACACUCACGAAUUUUGAAAAGGCAAAGGAACCAUGGGAGAUGGAUGUCAGUGAGAAGAUUGAACAGUCUGAGAUUGUCAAAGCCAAAGGAACUAAUUAUUUCAAGCAAGGAAAAUACCAAGAGGCUAUCAAGCAAUGGAAGAAAAUCAUCACCUACCUGGAGACAGAAACCAUCACAGACGAGGAGCAGAAGAAGAAGUCCGAGGCGAUGCAGCUCGCGGCAAACCUCAACGUUGCCAUGGCAGCGAUCAAGGCUGAAGAGUUCUUUGAGGCUGUCAGUCAUUGUAACAGGGCUAUUGAGCUGGAGUCCACCAGCGUGAAAGGCUACUUCCGUCGGGGACAGGCCUACAUCCAUCUUUCUGAGUUCGACAAGGCCAAGCUGGACUUCCUUAAGGUUCUAGAGAUGGAGCCGGAGAACAAAGCAGCCAAGAACCAGCUGACGGUCAGUAAUCAGAAGCUCAAACAACACCAUGAGAAGGAGAAGAAGAUCUAUGGAAACAUGUUUCAACGGUUCGCUGAUCAGGAUAGAAGAGAAAAGCUUGCAAGGGAGAGAGCUCAGGGUGAUUUAAAAGUUGGUGUCUUCAGUGAUGCAGAAAAGAAAGGAGAGAAGACCACACCAGAGGAGGAGGAGGAGAACGGAGUCUCGUCGGAAGGGGGAGAACAAAUGGAGGAUGACACAAAGGAGAGUUUGUCAACAGGGGAUGAAGGGAAGGAACAAGCAAUGGAAGCAUGAUUGAAUGUCAAGAUUUGAAAGACUUGAUUAAUGAUAAGAAUUGGUUGUUGGAGGGAACAAACAAUCAGUGAAGCGGGGUUGAAUGUCAAGAUUUGAAAGACUUUAUUAAAGAUACAAAUUGGUUGUUGGAGGGAACAAACAAUCAGCGAAGCGUGGUUGAAUGUCAAGAUUUGAAAGACUUUAUUAAAAGAUACAAAUUGGUUGAUGGAGGGAACGAACAAUCGGCGAAGAGUGGUGGAAUAUCAGGAUUUGAAAGACUUGUUAAACAUGAGAGUUCAUUGAUGGAGGAAACUCAAGAAUUAGGGAAGCACGAUUGCCUGGAUUUCUUUAAACCUAAGAGUUUGAUGACGAGGAGAACGAACAAUCAGCAAAGCGUGGUUGAAUGUCAGGAUUUGAAAAGACUUGUGAACAAACACUUCUCUUAUGCUUGUUAUGCCAAAGUAUGAAUGCUGGAUAAACUUCAAGAUGUGACAAGACGGGUAUUAUUGGUAGACUUGUGGCUCAGUUGCCUCAAUCAUAGUUGCUUCAACGUGGUUAGUUAAUCCUAGGGAGCAUUUCAUGUCCCUGUAGUGAAUUUUUCUAUUUGCUAUAAGCUACUGAAAUCC